AUGAUUUACAAAAAGCAAGUGAACGACCCCGACAUGAAUGGCCGCUUUACGGCUUUACGAAAUGGCCACCACAUGAAUGGCCCCCACAUGAAUGGCCCCCACAUGAAUGGCCCCCACAUGAAUGGCCCCCACAACCACAUGAAUGACCACCACAUGAAUGGCCACCACAUGAAUGGCCCCCACAUGAAUGGCCCCCACAUGAAUGACCACCACAUGAAUGACCACCACAUGAAUGGCCCCCACAUGAAUGACCCCCACAUGAAUGGCCCCCACAUGAAUGACCACCACAUGAAUGACCACCACAUGAAUGACCACCACAUGAAUGACCACCACAUGAAUGGCCCCCACAUGAAUGGCCCCCACAUGAAUGACCACCACAUGAAUGGCCACUACAUGAAUGACCACCACAUGAAUGGCCCCCACAUGAAUGACCACCACAUGAAUGACCCCCACAUGAAUGGCCACUACAUGAAUGGCCCCCACAUGAAUGACCACCACAUGAAUGACCAGCACAUGAAUGACCUCCACGUUAAUGGCCGCCAUUCACCAGCUUUCCACGGAAUCUUUGGUCCUUCGCUCCAGUGUCGCAGAAGCGGAAACUGUCGUCACGGAAGACAGCGAUCGAGAUCCUGA